ACUGGUCUUUAAUCUGCAGGUACAAGUAACUGAUUGUAUCUCUCCCAGUACCCUUCCCAUCCUCUUGUUAUUACUAGUUACAAUUCACACAUGUGCUUGGUGUCCUAAAAUGCAAAGCCACAACAGGAUCCGAUGGAAUAUAUGGUGCUCUGUGACUCAGACACACGAAAUCCGGGGAACCCUGCAAAGUUGAAGGCCUUGGUUUCCUGAUUUGAAGAAAUUUAAGUUGGGAAUAAGUAGCUUCACUGCAAUCAGUGUUAUUACAUUGGCAUAUAGCUGCAAAUCUUCCAGAAAGAUCAAAAUUAACGUUCUGGUCCUAAAAUGAUUCCAGUGAUGUCUACAAAUGGUGAGCCACAUACUUAAAUCCCUACUCAUUCCUUAUCCAGGGCAUUGCUAAGGUGCCUUAUGGAUUAGGAAUGCCUAAAUAAUCGACUUACAGAAAUAAUAGUUCUCUUAGCAGUAAUCCAAAGUGAAUUGCAUUAUAGCCAAUUGCAUGGGAUUAACUUUGAUCGUCCAGGAGAUGAGUUGCAGAUGGAGCCCUUUGCCGUGCUGGUGCUGCAGGUCUAACUCGAGGUAAUGACAAAAGAAAAAUGUCUAUAUGUAACAUGCGUUGGAUUUCCAAGGACUGCGGUCUUGUUGGGAGACUCAGCAGAAAGGCCAAGGACAUGAGGCUCCCCUCCUGGCAGCAUUUUCCUCUGGCUCAUGCUGUGGCACAGCAGCAGGGCAGCAGGGCAGGAUCUGGCACCGCUCCCUGUGCUGUAGCUGUGCAAACACCACUCAGUCUCAUGUCCCAGGACCGUCGCAACUGCCAUUCUCACAAGCUUGCACACGCCGUAAGAAUUAGCAUUAUGUAUAUUUCCCCUUAGCUAUUAAGGAAGUGGUGUUUAUACAUUGUUGUAAGUAACAAAAUCUGUACUGUAUGUUAUUUUCCUACAGCAGAUCCUCCAGAAAGCUCAAGAUAAAUGGUUAUGUUCUGACAAAAGGGAGACUAAUUCCAAAGAUUGAGUUGCUCUUCAUAUCAAACAUGAAGCUGAUUUUGAUCUUCAGUGCCCUCUUUGGGGCUGCCUUAUGCCUGGAAACUUUUGUUGGGCACCAGGUUCUCCGAAUCAAGACAAAAAAUGAGGAACAAGUUAGGAAGUUACAGUUUUUGGAAACGCUGGAACACCUUCAGCUUGAUUUCUGGAUAAAUCCCUCCACCUUCUCCCUCCCUGUGGAUGUGCGAGUCCCUGCUAACAGCCUCCAAGCAGUCAAAAUCUUCCUGGAGUCCCAUAGGAUCGAGUACUCAAUCCUGAUCGAAGACCUGCAGGCCGUUCUUGACAGAGAAAAGCAAGAUAUGGUCGCCAGUCAACAGAUGGAGCGCAGCAGCAACACUUUCAACUAUGGCAUUUACCAUUCUUUAAGCUCUAUUUAUGAGGAACUGGAUAAUCUCGCAUCUGAGUACAGCAACAUCGUCAGUAAGCUCCAGAUUGGGCAGUCCUAUGAAAAGCGGCCUUUGUAUGUGCUCAAGUUCAGCACUGGAGGAAGCAACCGUCCUGCAAUCUGGAUCGAUGCUGGCAUCCAUUCCCGAGAGUGGGUUACCCAAGCGAGCGCGAUGUGGAUUGCUAGAAAGCUUGCUUCCGACUAUGGGAACAAUCCAUCCAUCACCUCUCUGCUGAACAAAAUGGACAUUUUCCUGCUGCCAGUUGCAAACCCUGAUGGAUAUGAGUUCACUCACACCACAAAUCGCAUGUGGCGGAAGACCCGCUCCAAGAAUGCAGGCAGUCUGUGUAUUGGAGUUGAUCCAAACAGGAACUGGGAUGCGGGUUUUGGAGGUCCUGGAGCCAGUAGUAAUCCCUGUUCCGACUCUUACCAUGGGCCCAGUGCCAACUCAGAGGUGGAAGUUAAAUCUGUUGUGAAUUUUAUUAAGAACCAUGGAAACGUCGUGGCUUUCCUCACCCUCCACAGUUACUCUCAGCUCCUGAUGUACCCCUAUGGUUAUAAAUGCACUCAGCCAGCAGACUACGCUGAGCUGAAUGCCCUGGGGAAAGCUGCUGCCAACGCCAUCCAGUCCCUCUAUGGCACCACCUUUACAGUGGGGAGCAUUUGCUCUACUAUCUACCAAGCCAGUGGAGGCAGCAUAGACUGGAGCUACGAUUGUGGCAUUAAAUACUCAUUCGCUUUUGAGCUGCGAGACACGGGGCGCUACGGUUUCCUCCUGCCAGCCAGCCAAAUUAUCCCGACGGCAGAGGAGACGUGGCUGGGUCUGAAGACAAUCAUUGAGCAUGUGCGAGACAACGCACACUAAAAGCGGAGAUGGGAGUCAGCUGUCUGUAACAGCAAGCUCAGAAAUCCUUGGUGUGCUUGAGACAGCUGUAAUGAUACGGCAUCUGGCUGAAUAAAAACCCCGUGUGCAAUC